UGAACAAAGGGAAAACGUAAUUAGUUUUAUUAUUUAUCACGCGGGUAGCAGGCACACAUACGCACACACAUACACAAACCAACGCGGGCGUACGUGUGUUGCAAAAAGUGCGUGAAUGGUAGUUGUGGGUAUGGUACAUCGCCGAAAAAACAGGCAAUGGGCAGCCUGAAAAUGGCCAGCAAACGACGGCAGAAUAGUUGAAGCGCGGCGGCGUGUUCUAGAAUGGGGGGCGUGUGUGUGUUGAAACGGCGCCAGCAGAAGUAGUGAUGGUGUUGUGUGUGUCGGGCGCUUCUCCUUUUCCCUACACGGACACAAAGCCGUCCGCGCGAUGCUCAAGUGGUGUAAAAAAGUGAAUGUAUGUAGCUCUCGCUCGCUCUCGCGUACGCCCGCAAACCGUGCACGCUUUUUCCAUCCUGCAGAGGAAAUCGCGGGUUGCUGAGAAUGAGUAUAUGUGUGCGAAGCCCGAAACCCGAACGAACGAUGAGCCGCGCACAGUGGGAAACGCAUUGAUGAAAAAUGCAGCAAUAACAAGAUGUGUGACAAAAUUCUUGUCCGUGGAACAUUGCCCAUUAAAUUAUGCUCUGUCGAUGUGCGGACCGUAAUGCUGUAGUUUUAAAAACGAAGGUCGUUUGUUCCGUUUGCACCCAGCAAAGCCCAGCCUAGCCUGCACAGAGAAAAAAGUCAUGUGCCUAUAGUGCAUUUCCAAACCGGUGGGCCGCCGUGAUCCACUGUGCGCCGUUCGUGCCGUCGUCGCUGAUGACGUCAUCUUCGACGGUAUCCGAACGUACCGACAAAACUGCUUGCAGCGCUGCUAGCUCGAGGUCUUCCCGGUCGAAUCGGUUUCGUUCAGUACGGGCGUGUGCGUGCCAGCUCAAAGGUGACGGUGUCGAUACGUUUCGGAUGUGCGAUCUACUCCGUGUGCGGUUUCAGCAGCAAAACCAGCCGCCGCCAUUAUACAUCGCAGUGGUGGGUCUCGCGCGAUACGAAAACCGCCGCCCGUUGUGUAUUUCGAGUGUGUGAUUCUAAGUUUCCUGUUGAUGGUGUUAAUGGGUUAAGCGCAACAGUAAGAAAACGUCAACAGCAAACAUCUUAGUGUGUCACGUUCGGUAAUGAUGCUGGAGCGUGCAAGAAAAUGAUAAACGAAAUGCAACAAAUGUGUACCGUAGCGUAAAUGUGCAUUAUCGAGCAAAGGUACGGUACAUUUUCAUGCUGCAGGUGUUGGAAAUAGACAGGAAAGUGCAAGUGUCGCGUGAAAAUAAAUCUUUGCCCCGGUCCGUGCGUGCAUUGUCACCUAGUGUUGUGUGUUUGUUGGGAAAUCGUGUCUGUGUGUGUGUGUUUGUGUGUGACGUCAACGACACGUUCGUCAGAGCAUAUGUCACCGUUGCACGGCUGCCUGCCUGCAGUAACAAAAUAAAUAAGGAAUAUUAAUUACCGUGCAAUCGUCAUCACCACCGCCGUUUGCAACUACCUGAACGUUGUUGCGGUGUAUGUGCGUAAAAAGGUGCGUGUGGUGUGCAUGGUGUUCCGCACCGGAAAAAGCUAGAACGAGUGUAUACACGAACCAGAUAAGCAAUCAUCAUCAUCAUCAGCGUCAGCAGCAGUAACACAUUACCACAUUGGCUUCGUUUGGUUGAAAAGCGUACGUCGAAACGUGCGGCACGAUGUCAUCCGAUAAGGUGCCGCCGAUAUCACCAUCGAAAAGUCGCAGACAACUGCGCGAACGUAAACAGCGAAAGCUAUAUUCGGAAGAGUUCACAUUCGGCGACGAUGAUUACGAAGGUGGGAGAGGAUUCAGCGUGGCGGAAAAGCUGGAAUCACCCCGAUUCGCUCAGUCCGGCAUGGUGCGCGAAAUGAAAGGCGAAAAUCUAACCGUCGGAUUUUUGCAACAGAAUGGCUUCAACAUUCCGCUGCUGUUCAAGGAGAAAACCGGCCUUGGGCUGCAGGUGCCGACGGCCAAUUUCUCCAUCAGCGACGUCCGGAUGUGUGUCGGGUCGCGCCGCCUGCUGGACGUGAUGGACGUCAACACGCAGAAGAACGUCGAGAUGACGAUGAAGGAAUGGGAAAAGUAUUACGAGGAUCCGGAAAAGACCAAGCUGCUGAACGUGAUUUCGCUCGAGUUUUCCCACACCAAGCUGGAGAACUACGUGCAGAGUCCGGCGAUCGUGCGCCAGAUCGACUGGGUGGACGUGGUGUGGCCAAAGCAGCUGAAGGAAUCGCAGGUCGAAUCGACCAACCUGCUGAACGACAUGAUGUACCCGAAGGUGCAGAAGUACUGCCUGAUGUCGGUCAAAAACUGCUACACGGACUUUCACGUCGAUUUCGGCGGCACCUCGGUGUGGUAUCACAUACUGCGCGGUAGCAAAGUGUUCUGGCUGAUACCGCCCACCGAGAAGAAUCUGCAGCUGUACGAAAAAUGGGUACUGUCCGGCAAACAGUCGGACGUGUUCUUUGGCGAUACGGUGGAAAAGUGUGCCCGCGUUUACCUCACGGCCGGUAACACGUUCUUCAUCCCGACCGGGUGGAUCCAUGCCGUGUACACACCGACGGAUUCGCUCGUCUUUGGCGGCAACUUUCUGCAUUCGUUCGGCAUCGUGAAGCAGCUGAAGAUAACGCAGGUGGAGGAUAAUACGAAGGUGCCGCAAAAGUUUCGGUACCCAUUCUUCACCGAAAUGCUGUGGUACGUGCUGGCGAAGUAUGUGUACACGCUGCUCGGCCACUCACAUCUCGAGGGUGAAGCGGGCCGGGAGCACGAGCUGGAGGGGAAGCCGCACGUGCAUCUCACGCACUACGAGCUGUUCGGGCUGAAAGACAUCGUGAUGUACCUGUACGAUCUGCCGGCACAGAAGAAGAAUGUGCCGGAGCUGAUAAGGGAUCCGGUGGCGCUCAUUAAGGACGUGCGGACGCUGGUCGAGCGACACUGCCGGGACGUACCGGAGCUGGCCGUUACCGGUGUGCCGGUGCUGCAUCCGGACCUGAACGUAAGCAACAAUGCGUACAUCCGCGAGCAUUACGAGUAUUAUUCGGGCGAUGGCUGUGGAAACCGGACGACCGAUAAUGAAGGGUCGGGCGGUAAUCACGCUCGAGGUGCAGCUGACGAGCAGCGCGAGGAUGACGACGACGAUAUGGAAAACCGACGGCGAAGGAUUAAGCAGGAGAUCAAAAAGGAACACGAUGACGAUGGCGAAAGUUUAACUGUCCAGCAGCAGCAGGAGCAGCAGCAGCAACAAAAUCAUUCCCAGCCGCAUCACAAUCAUCAUAAUACAGUACAGCGUAAGGAAGUGUCGUCGGAGGCGGCGGCAGACAGCGAACGGAACGCGGUAUCGCCCCUCGGUUCCUCCCGUUCGCCGAUCGGCAGCUCGAAUGGGGGUACUACGAUGGGUCCCCCAGCACGGUAUACUAACAAUCACCAUGGUGGCGGCCAUAAUGGUGACGAUCGGAACUUUGUCUCGCCACAACCGACCAGCGGUAACCGGUUACCGUCGAGUGGGGCUAGUGGUGGUGGUGGUGGUGUCGGUCGUGGUCCGUACAAGAAGCACAGUACCGGUGGGAGCAACAGUGGGGGCCAUUUCGACAAGCGCGAUAGUGGUGGGAACGGACCGCGCAGGCGCCGGACACGAUGCAAAAAUUGCGAAGCCUGCCAGCGGUCCGAUUGCGGGGAGUGUAGUUUCUGUCUCGACAUGGUAAAGUUUGGCGGCCCCGGUCGGGCUAAGCAGACGUGCAUGAUGCGCCAGUGUCUGCAGCCGAUGCUGCCAGUGACGGCCCAGUGCAUACACUGCAAUCUGGACGGUUGGCGUCAGGCACCGAUUACGGCACCGGCGCAGGCCAAGCUGCAAGCGCAACUGCAGGAAGGACCGUCCGCCCUGAUGGAGUGUUCGGUGUGCUACGAAAUAUCGCAUCCGGACUGUGCGCAGCGUGCAGCACCGGAGGCACACGGUAUCGUGAACGAUGAUCUGCCCAACAGCUGGGAAUGUCCGACGUGCUGCAAAAUGGGCAAAAAUACGGAUUAUCGGCCUCGACACUUCCGAGCGCGACAAAAAUCGUCCGAAAUACGGCGCAUGUCGGUGAGCAGCGACGCAUCCUCGGCACACAACACCGAGUAUGGACGGAUAGGUGGUGGUGGUGGCGGCGGCGGUCAUGGUGGUGCGGAGGGAACGAUUGCAGGUGGGGAUGGUAUGAUGUCUGGUUCCAAUGUGUCCGCACCGAGAGCGCCCCGGUUUCAGGACGAUAUGCUGUACGAUUUUGCCGUUUCCGGCAGUGCGGUCAUUGUCGGCAGCAAAGGUGGCAACAUUCUGUUCGAACGCAAGCCCAAGAUAAAGGAUGAGGACAUUUCGAGCGGGUCCGAAAAUGAUGCUGCUUCCGGUGUGGGGAAGCAAAUGCAUCUGCACACGCUUAAUGCGUCCAAUGCGGCGGUCGCCGGCACGAUGGGAACGGUGAAGGUUAAGGAGGAACCGCUGGAUCAUCACCACCAUCAUCACGAGUAUUCCGCAAAUCAUCAUGCAACGAGUGUAAUAAAGGAUGGCCGUGAGAUUGCAGCGUCCGCCGUCGGUGGCGGUGUUCCGGUGAAGCGAAGAAAGAGCGAAGAAGGUGGCGGUGGUGCCAUUAAUGUAAAUCACGCUGGCAGUAAUCACGGCGGUGCCGGACCACCGGACGGUAACGGUACGGGACAUGACGGGAAGAACGCCACGAACCACGGUUCACUUCCGAGGAAAAAGUCCUCCCAACGGAUGCAGCUGGCUAAUCAGAUCCACAACACGUCAACCAAAUCGAUGAAGAAGCCACUGUACCCGAUACGCCCAGCAUCGUCGGUCACGCAUACACCGACGAUCCCGGUGGCUGGUAAUUACGCGCUCGAUGCUACCUGUCUGUUGGCCGUGUUUCGAUACCUGCCGCCGGAGACGCUGGCAACGUGCACGAUGGUGUGCAAGACCUGGUCCAACCUAGCGGUCGAUCCGUCGCUCUGGAAGCGUAUGAACUGUGCCGAGUACAAGCUGUCGCCGAACCUGCUGUCGGCGAUCGUGCGCCGCCAGCCAGAACACUUGAUAAUGGAUUGGAUAGGGCUUGGCAAGCGGCAGGUGACGUGGCUGAUAUCGCGCAUUCCCGGCCUCAAGAAUCUCUCGCUCCAGGGCACACACAUACAGGCCGUACUGGGGCUGCACACCUGCAUGUGUCCCCCGUUGCAGGUGCUCGAUCUGAGUUUUAUCGCGGGGUUGAAUGAUUUCGCGAUCCGCGAGAUACUGUCGCCACCAAAGGAUUCGCGGCCCGGGCUGGCCGAUUCCAAGUCGCGGCUGCGGAACCUUAAAAUGUUAAAGGUGGCCGGUGCGGAUAUCUCCGACGUGGCACUGCGCUACAUUACCCAAGGUUUGCCGAACCUUACGCACCUCGAUCUGAGCUCGUGCCAGCGCAUCACUGAUGCAGCGAUCGCACAGAUCGGUACAUCGCCGGCGGCCAUUAAAACGUUGAUCGAGCUGGACCUGAGCUGCUGCAAGCUGAUAACGGAGCUGUCGCUCGAUCACCUCGCCAAGUGUGACGCACUCACGCGGCUUGAUCUCAGCCAUGUGCCGCAGGUAUCGACGCAAUCGAUGAUAAAAUUUGCAUCCACCUCCAAGAACGAUCUACAGCUGCACGAUAUUAAGCUGGUGGAUAAGCGGAAAACUCCUUCCCAGCAGCAGCAGCAGCAGUCGUCGCACGAGGCACAGUGAUAAGGUAAAACGUAGCAACAACCCUUUUUAGGCAGGUACAGUGAUUGGGUGUAUAGUAGCCAUCGUUUCUUUGCGUUUCCAUGGUGAGAAAGCUUCUUGGUAUCCAAGGAGACCCAUUGAGAGCGUUCAGAUGGACCGUGGAUCUCUCUCCUGCUGUCUCUUGAAAGGGGAAGGGGUACAGUUAUUUGUAAACAGUUCGAAAUGAAACCAAAGAUUAUUUUUAAGUUUCCAACCCCUCUUGAAAGACGUGAUGAGCAACACCACACAAGAGUGCGUGCCACAUGCGCAUCCAGGUGUAAAUAGUUGUGAGUGGCGUACGUGCAAACAUCAAGCGUGGUAUAUCGCGUUUGUUUUAUUUGUUAACAAUUCCUUGCUAUUGUACGGAACUCCUCGCCCUUGACGAGUCCAAUCAGCUACUUUGAAGGGAAUGACAGGCUAAGGAUUAUAGAACGAUAAAGCAUUAGGAACUCUCAUUAGGGAGGCAGGGCGAAAAACAUGCCGUGGUCAUGCACGUACUUAGACGUGAUGCAGACUCCAGACAGAAGAGGUUAGGAACGGAUAGGCAGUGGUAAGCGCUCCUGCGUGAAGCGUUGCGUGAUCUGAAAAUGUAUGGAUUUCAGAAAACCCAACGCAUAAUUCAGGAGCGCUAGGACUGCUAGCUUACUGGGUAGAGUAAAACAGAACACAGUGGCAUCAUCAGUAGUCAGUACGUUAACCUAGUAUAUGACUGUAUUUUUUUAGCAAAUUUGCUUCGUCCUUUUUUUACAAAUCAAAGUAAAUUAAUAUUGCUGGGGAGGCCGUAGUGCUUCUUCUAUUGCAUUUUUAAGUUUUAGUCGAUAUUGGUCGAUUCUUCCUUCUUUACACCAUGCAUCUUUCUGCGAUCUGUAGUGUGCAAUUACAAUGCAAUAAUGCGAGAGUGCUUAAGGAAUUAUCGAAUACUAAAGAUUGGUGUGAGCGAGUAUAUGUUUGCUAUUAAUUAGGCAGAAGAGUGGCAGAUGAGAAGGGUCACCUCUUAGGCGCAAAAUUAGCUAUUGCAUUCCCUCCAAUUCCCACUGACUGUAGGUGCAAACGUCUUCUGAAAGAGCAUAUUGGCUCGUGUGUAGUAUGGUAGAGAAAAUUCGUCUGUUUGUUUGUUUUCCGUCGGCAGAAGUAACACCAGCGCACAAUUCUGUAUGUAUGAAAGAUUGAUAGUAUCUUCUUUGACUUAAUUUGCCAUUUCACGCGACGAUCCUAAAUCUGUAGGAUAGUAGUGCUGUGAGACAAGUGAGACACGUGUGUAUGUAAAUACAACCGAAGUGAAGUGUAGCUUAACAGAUUCCCCGCGGAUUAAGAAGCAAGCAUACAUGUGUAGAGAAGAGUAUUUUCAAAGCACACACACACACACAUAGUAUAGUUAAAAUUGGCUCAAAUCUAAAACACCAAGAAAAGGCAAAAAUGGUCAUAAACGUGUAGUGCAUGCACAAUUGCAGUAUGGUGUAUAAAUGUGUAUUUGACAAAAGAAAAUCCUGUUUCGCGGGCAUUCCCCUGCGUUGCUUAGAUAAGUGAAGGAACUAGAAGGAACAGUGAAACCCCUUUAGAAAUAAGCGAAAUAAGCCGGAUAUUAGAGUAUAGCAUUAAAAAGCAUCCUUCUGCAAACCUGCAUAAACCCUAUACAAGUUCCACAUUACAUGCGGUCGAUGCCCCCCCUACCCCCGGUGAGAACAUUUACCUUAAGUGUACAGCCACACAAAGGUUUACGAUAAUAGACGGUCAUUUGUAAAUAAAACCUUGCAACAAUGGUGAAGAAAAUACGAGUACCCUGA